CCACCCCCGGCUCCGCCUCCACCAUCCCCCGCCCCGCCUCCGGCCGCGGCCCCUUCCUCCCGCAGCUGGUGCUGUGGGGCCGCGGAGCAGCGCAUCGCCGUCUCUAUGGCCCGGGAUCCGAGCGCAAAGAAAACGGACCUCAGAGAACCAGGACUAGUCCUUCUGUUGGGGCAGGGUGAUCCCAUCAGUGACCUGCAACCCCUCUAUGACCCUACAACAACUCCCUCCCACCAUGGAGUUUGUAUUUGAUGCAGAAAGGCAGUGUGUGAUCCAUCCCUCCCUCUGACCUCUAACCUGGGAUUCCAUGGCCACACAACCCUGUGAUUCCAUGUCCCCUCGAUUCCAGGACCCUCCCUGGCCCCAUGACCCCUGACCUUCCAAGUGACCUCUGUGGACCUUGACCCCUGUGACUGUUCUUCCCCUGUGGCUCUGGCCCUGGCUCCCCUGGGGGUUCUUACCAGUGUGGGCCUCCCCAGGAAAAUGUGGGGGAGGCUCUGGCCCCUCUUCCUGAGCUUCCUCACAGCAACAGCCGUCCCUGGACCCUCAUUGCGGAGACCAUCCAGAGAACUAGAUGCCACCCCGCGGAUGACCAUCCCUUAUGAAGAGCUCUCUAGGACCCGGCACUUCAAGGGUCAAGCCCAGAACUACUCAACACUGCUGCUGGAGGAGUCCUCCGCAAGACUGCUGGUUGGAGCCCGAGGUGCCCUGUUCUCUCUCAAUGCCCGUGACAUAGGAGAUGGGGCGCACAAAGAGAUCCGCUGGGAGGCCUCCCCAGAGAUGCAAAGCAAAUGCCAUCAGAAAGGGAAAAACAACCAGACAGAGUGCUUCAACCACGUGCGAUUCCUUCAGCGGCUCAACGCCACCCACUUCUACGCAUGUGGGACUCAUGCCUUCCAGCCCCUCUGCGCCGCCAUUGAUGCUGAAGCCUUCACCUUGCCAGCAAGCUUCGAAGAGGGGAAGGAGAAGUGUCCUUACGACCCAGCCCGUGGCUUCACAGGCCUCGUCAUUGAUGGAGGCCUCUACACAGCCACGCGGUAUGAAUUCCGGAGCGUUCCUGACAUCCGCCGGAGCCGGCACCCGCACGCCCUGAGGACAGAGGAGGCGCCCAUGCAGUGGCUCAACGAUGCUGAGUUUGUGUUCUCUGUCCUGGUGCGGGAGAGUGAGGCCAGCACCGUGGGGGACGAUGACAAGGUUUACUACUUCUUCACGGAGCGUGCCACUGACGAGGGCCCCAGCAGCUUUGCUCAGAGCCGCAACAGCCACCGUGUGGCCCGCGUGGCCCGUGUGUGCAAGGGAGACCUAGGAGGAAAGAAGAUCUUGCAGAAGAAGUGGACCUCCUUCCUUAAGGCGCGUCUCGUCUGCCACAUUCCACAGUAUGAGCUGCUCCGUGCUGUCUGCAGCCUGGACGCCAACGCCUCAGCCCGCACACACUUCUACGCGGCCUUCACGCUGACCACCCAGUGGAAGACCCUAGAGGCCUCAGCCAUCUGCCGCUACGACCUGGCCGAGGUGCAGGCUGUCUUCGCAGGUCCCUACAUGGAGUACCAGGAUGGUGCCCGGCGCUGGGGCCGCUAUGAGGGUGGGGUGCCGGAGCCUCGGCCUGGCUCAUGCAUCACAGAUUCACUGCGCACGCGUGGCUACAACUCAUCCCAGGAUUUGCCGUCCCUGGUCCUGGACUUUGUGAAGUUGCACCCGCUGAUGGCCCGGCCCGUGGUGCCCACACGCGGACGGCCCCUGCUGCUCAAGCGAAACGUGCGCUACACGCACCUCACAGGGACGCCUGUCUCCACGCCCACCGGGCCCACCUAUGACCUGCUCUUUCUGGGCACAGCUGAUGGCUGGAUCCACAAGGCCGUGGUGCUGGGCUCUGGGAUGCACAUUAUUGAAGAGACGCAAGUGUUCAAGGAACCCCAGUCCGUGGAAAAUCUGGUCAUCUCUCCAGUGCAGCAUAGCCUCUACGUGGGGGCCCCUAGUGGAGUCAUUCAGCUACCACUGUCUAGCUGCUCCCGCUACCGCUCCUGCUACGACUGCAUCCUGGCCCGGGACCCCUACUGUGGCUGGGACCCUGGCACCCACGCCUGCAUCGUAUUCAGCAGGUCCCAGAGUAGCAGGACGACACUGAUACAGGACGUGGAGAGAGGCAACCGAGGCUGCGAAGGCCACAGGGACUCGGGGCCACCACCACCCCUGAAAACUCGCUCUGUACUCCGAGGGGAUGAUGUCCUCCUGCCCUGUGACCAGCCAUCCAACCUGGCCCGGGCCUUGUGGCUGCUUAAUGGGAGCACGGGCCUGAGUGACGGGCAGCACGGCUACCGUGUGGGUGUGGAUGGGCUACUGGUGACAGACAUACAGCCCGAGCACAGUGGCAACUAUGGUUGCUAUGCCGAGGAGAACGGCCUCCGCACCCUGCUGGCCUCCUACAGCCUCACCGUCCGGCCAGCCACACCCGCCCCAGCUCCACAAGCCCCUGCCAUGCCCGGGGCGCAGCUGGCACCUGACGUGAGGCUGCUCUACGUGCUGGCCAUCGCUGCACUUGGCGGCCUCUGCCUCCUUCUAGCUUCCUCCCUCCUCUACGUGGCCUGUCUUCAGGGAGGCAGACGAGGGCGGCGAAGGAAAUACUCUCUGGGUCGGGCAGGCCGGGCAGGGGGCUCGGCCGUGCAGUUGCAGACCGUUUCAGGCCAGUGUCCUGGAGAGGAAGAGGAGGGCGACGACGGGGAGGGGCCUGGGGGACUGGAAGGUGGCUGCCUCCAGAUCAUCCCUGGGGAGGGAGCCCCAGCCCCACCGCCUCCGCCUCCCCCACCCCCGCCGGCCGAGCUGACCAACGGGCUGGUGGCUCUGCCCAGCCGGCUGCGCAGGAUGAACGGCAACAGCUACGUGCUCCUGAGGCAGAGCAACAACGGAGUGCCAGCAGGGCCCUGCUCGUUCGCGGAGGAGCUCAGCCGCAUCCUGGAGAAGAGGAAGCACACGCAGCUUGUGGAGCACCUGGACGAGAGCUCUGUCUGAGCCCGGCCUCGUAGGACAAAUGCUCUUCCAAGCCAGCCUGUCUGCCCCAGGCCGGGCUGCUGUUUCCCCCACACAGCCACUCUGUUGUCACCCCUGCAACUCCAGGCCCUUCUCCCAACUUUUUGAUGUCCCUGUAGGGCUAGCAGAGUCAGGCCCAGCCAAAGCCCCCUCCCCAGUCUCCACAGACCCAUCUGUGAGCAGCCCAGGCCAACCGGUGCUCCUCAGAGGCAGGGCUCUGCAGGUCCAGAUGACCUCAAUGUCACCACCCUCUGCAUGGCCCUAUGUGCUGGAUGGUCCCGAAACCAGACAAGACCUCUGCCAGCCGCCAGAGCCACCUGAGCCCUGCGUACAUUCACAUGUGCACAUGGAUGAAUGUCCAUCAGCUGGGCUGCAGGGCCCCCGCCCCCACCUCCUGGUGCAUUCUUGUAUUUCACCUCUCCUGGACUUUGGGUACCCUUCCAAUUGCCACAUCCCAUACUAUCUAGUCCUCUCCCCUAGUUCCAGCCAGACCCAUGUAGUGACCUCUUUGGCAAGAGCUUGGGAACAGGCCAGCCAGGGGAGGUAAGACUGUGUCAUUCCCCUCUUCUUCCUUAAUGUGUAGCCCUUGUGAGUCAGCACCCCCAUCCCCUUGGUCACUCUCAAGAGUGACAGAGAGAGCCCCAGGCAUGUCCCUUCACACACAUGUGCUUACAUUUCCACAUGCAUUUCUGAGCCUCCCUUUGCUGCCUCGGACCUAGCUGUUGGGUUUGGUCCGUGGACACUUCAGAGGGAGAGCCGUCUCCCGUUCAGCUGUCCUCUCAGACAUUUCCCUAGGAUGGGUGACCAACACUGCAAUGAGCCAGCCUCCCUUUGGGGGACCAAGCAUUUGCUACCCCUAGACCAGAGCAGGGGGAGGAGAUCUGCUGUCUCACCUGGCACAUGAAGCCCGUUCUUGGAACUAUGCAAAGGGCGGAGGCUGGGAGUUUGGAUGCUUGGCUCCCACCCCUGUCCUACCUCACCGGGGCACUUUCAGGGUCCAGGGGCCUCUGAAGUCUCCAGGCCCAUACGGGACAAUCAAAUCCUGACUGAGCUCCCCCAUUCCCCUUGGGUGAGGAUGACUGUUAUUUUUGUAGUUGAGAACGUGGAAUCCCCACGGAUUUUUACUGCCCUUCACUCAACCUCUCUCACCUCCACCCCACAAUGAAUGUAUUUAUUGUAAGAACGGCUAUACUUCUUUAGGAAUGCCCCCACUCACCACCCAGGUGGGCAGAACAGGCAUGUGACAGAGUGGGGAGCCUGGGUUCCGCUCCUCCCCCUCUUGUUGGUCAAUAAAUGCCCUCUCUCCCCACA